AUGAUGAGCGGCGUUAAAAGAAAGGCCUCGGAAUUAAACGACAAAACAGAAGUUGAUGCAAAGCAAUUAAAGACGGAAAGCACUGCUGCGGUUGACGAAACUCAAGAUAUCAUCAAAACUGGUGACUCGCGCACUUCACAAAACGGUGACGUCGAGAGCGACUCUGAAAAUGAUGACGACCACGAUGAAGAGGAGGAGGAAGCAACUGGUGGAAACGCCCCUCCUGGUAAAAGCACCACUUCUUCUCAAGAUAUUCAUCUAGCAAGGGAAACAGCCGAACUGUUCAAGUCCAAUAUUUUCAAACUGCAGAUCGAUGAAUUACUAGAGCAAGUUAAGCUAAACAACAAGCACAUACUCAAAGUUGAAAAAUUCUUACAUAAGCUUUACGACAUGAUCCAGCUUAUACCAGAGUGGGAGGAGCAAUCCUUGACCGAUGUUCAAUCGUACUUCAAGGGGAAAAUAACAACAGUUCCCUUUGUUGAUCCGAAGCCAACAGUGGGGAACACGAAAUACAACUUUAAUUAUCUAAAGCCAGAUAUCUCUCUGGUAGGCUCGUUUGCUUUGAAAACGGGGAUAUAUCAGCCACAGGGAUCCUCCGUGGAUAUUCUACUCACUAUGCCGAAAUCCUUGUUUGAAAAGAAGGAUUUUUUAAACUUUAGAUGUCUACACAAGAGAAGUGUGUACCUUGCGUACCUGACCCAUCAUUUGUCUGUUCUCUUUGAAAAGGAGAAAUGGAACGACUUUUUAUCCUUGGAGUUCAAAUAUUUCAAUAACGAUAAUCUCCUACCUAUACUGACGAUAAAUUGUGCUAAACCAACCACGGGUGAAGCGAAACUAGACCAGGAAUACAACUUCUACAAAACAAAGUUUUCUAUUAAUCUGAUUAUUGGGUUCCCGGAAAAAGUUUUUGAACCAAAGAAACUAUUACCAAACAAAAACUGUAUCAGGGUUGCACAAGAGAACACUGAAACACACUUACCUGCUACCCCUCUUUACAACUUUUCCAUUCUUUUCUCGUCAACUUAUGAAUCGUAUUUGAAAUACCUGUACAAAGCCAAAAAGGAAACAGAGGCGUUCAGAGAUGCCUCAAUUUUGGGGAGGUUAUGGUUGCAACAACGUGGCUUCUCUUCCAAGACCGCUCACUCUGGCUCACUGGGUGGAUUCGGUAACUUUGAAUUCACCACUUUGAUGGCUGCAUUGUUGAAUGGUGGUGGUGUUAAUGGGAAUAAGAUAUUACUACAUGGGUUCUCAUCCUAUCAAUUAUUCAAAGGUGUGAUAAAGUACCUGGCUACUAUGGAUCUUUGCACCGAUGGUCAUCUACAGUUUCAUUCGGACAUAAAUUACUCUGACUCGAUUUCGAAAUACGUUGACGAGGGGUUUAAAACUCCAACAAUUUUCGACAAAACCACCAAAGUAAAUAUUCUAACAAAAAUGACAGUUUCCUCGUACGGGGUCCUGAAAAUGUUUGCUAAGGAAACUUUGAAGAUGCUGAACAACGUCGUACAGGAUCAAUUUGCCAAUAUAUUUUUGACCAACAUCAGUAAGUCGGAUAACAUCAAAUACGAUCUUUGUUACGAUGUGGAAAUGAAAACAGGCGAAGCUUCAAACCUGGAAUCACUGUUGAAUGCCAAGUUCACACCCAUAGAGAGAGUCAAAUACAUAACUGUUGAAAACUUUCUCGUUCAUCGGGCCAACAGUGUCAUUAAUUAUGCCUUGGGUGAUAGAAUUUCUGCUGUUGAAGUUGAACUUGUGGGUCAGAAAAAUGAUUUUUCUAUAAAAAAACGGAAGGUAUAUUCAAAUGCUGGAGGUCACGGCUUGAACUUUGAACAUAUGAGAAUUAAAAUAAUGGUAAAUCCAGCUGAAAGCGAAAAAUUAGUUACGAAGGGUCCUGCUCAUUCGGAAGAGGUUACCCCAGAAGCCACGUUUUUCAAAAACUUUUGGGGUCCAAAGGCCUCUCUUCGUCGUUUCAAGGAUGGGUCCAUAACACAUUGUUGUGUUUGGAGUUCCUCUGCAUCUGAGCCUAUAAUUUCGUUCGUUUUGGACUUUAUCUUAAAAAGGCACAUAACUGAAAGGUUGGAAGUGCAUGGCAAUAUAACUAAGCAAUUUCAAAACUUACUGCCGCUACCAAACUUGCCAGCUAAUUCGAAGACAUCAAUUUUGAAUUUGAACAGUUUCUACGAUGUCAAGAAGUCCUUUGACAAACUCUACAAAAUCGUUUUCAAGAUGAAUUUGCCCUUAUCGAUUAAAUCCAUUUUACCCAUCGGCUCGGCAUUCAGAUAUACCUCGAUUUGCCAACUUGUACCCUAUGCAUACUCAAACCCAGACUUUUUACAAGAUGUUAUUUUAGAGUUUGAGACAUCACAAAAAUGGCCGGAUGAAAUCACAUCUUUGGAGAAGGCCAAAACUGCAUUUUUAUUAAAGAUUCAUGAAAUAUUGGAAAACGAACAUAAUUCCCAGUACAAGUCAUUUUUCACACGGGACGAAUCUAUUCCAUUUAAUCUGGAUGUCACUACUUUGAAUGUUUUGACUCAAGAGGGUUAUGGGUUCAGAUUCCGUAUUCUGACCGAACGAGAUGAAAUCUUGUAUUUGAGAGCUAUUUCCAAUGCCAGAAAUGAAAUCAAACCACUACUAGAAAACACUUUCUUAAAGUUUACAGCGAAGUCUCAAGGAUCUGUGAGACAUACGAGAACCAUUGAAAAUAUUUCUCAUGCUUUCCCCCUUUAUACCGGUGUUGUCAGAUUGUUUAAAAAAUGGCUUGAUUCGCACUUGCUGCUAGGACACUUGAACGAUGAGCUGGUAGAAUUAAUUGCCAUGAAACCAUUUGUUGACCCUGCUCCUUUUUCAAUACCAGGUUCUCUAGAAAAUGGUUUUUUGAAGAUUCUGAAAUUCAUUAGCCAAUGGAAUUGGAGGGAGGACCCUCUUAUUUUGGAUUUAGUAAAACCGGAAGAGGAUUUCUUGAGUUCUUUUGAGAAAAGCAUAGGUGGCUCCGACUUAGAUGCAAAAAUGAUGCAUAAAUUAUCCGAACGGUUGACACUUUCCCAGUAUAAAGACAUUCAAGCCAAUUUCAACAACCUGAGAAAAACGGAUCCGAAUGGUCUACACCUCCAAUUCUUUAUCGCUUCGAGGAACGACCCAAGUGGGAUUCUUUAUUCGAGUAAUAUUCCAUUGGCAAUUUGUACGAGGUUAACUGCUUUGGCGAAGGUUGCCAUUAAUUUAAUUCAAACACAUGGUCUUAACAAGCAAACUAUUGAACUUUUGUUUGCACCCGGCUUGAAUGACUACGAUUUUGUUAUUCACCUGAGGACUCCUCAUGGAUUAAGACUAUCUUCAGGUGUUGCAUCAGAUUCUGAUUUCAAGAAUAUCUCAAAUCAAGCUGCCCCUGCUGAAUUCCCAGACGAUAUAAGCCUCUUAAGCGAAAAGAUGGACCCGACUCUACAGUUGGUAAAGUAUUUGAAUAUGAAGUACAAAAACAGUCUCAUCUUUUCAAGUCACCGUUUUAUUGGGGUCAAUGGUGGUAAGAACGGCGAUAAGAACGUGAUAACUGGUUUAAUAAAACCCGCCUUCAAGAAUGCUCAAAAGUUCAGAGUCAACAUCGAUUGCAACGUGAAGCCAGUUGACGCAGAAACAGUUGAGUUAAAUAAGGAUGCAUUAUUCCAAGAAAUAGCAGCAUUUGGUAAUGAUUUGGUUGUUGAUUUUCAGAGUAAAUAA